AUGGUUGAUGGCACACACUGUCCGCCACUGCAGAGUUAUUCAGUGCUGCAUGGGUUGGUGGGGCCAGCCUGCAUCUUCUUGCGCCAGAGCAUCGCCAUCACACAGAUCGACAGAGACCUGCGACCAGAAGAGAUUGAAGAGCUAAGGGAAGCUUUCCGGGAGUUUGAUAAAGACCGUGAUGGCUACAUCAGCUACAAGGACCUGGGAGAAUGUAUGCGAACUAUGGGCUACAUGCCUACUGAGAUGGAACUCAUUGAACUUUCUCAGCAGAUUGAACAGAGAGCUGGUGGAAAGGUAGAUUUUGAAGACUUUGUGGAUCUGAUGGGCCCCAAGAUGCUGGCAGAAACUGCAGACAUGAUUGGGGUGAAAGAACUGCGGGAUGCCUUCCGGGAGUUUGACACAAAUGGCGAUGGACAGAUCAGUGUAGCUGAGCUACGGGAAGCCAUGCGCAAACUCUUGGGGCAGCAACUGAAUUACCGAGAGGUAGAUGAGAUCCUCAAGGAUGUUGAUCUGAAUGGAGAUGGUCUUGUGGACUUUGAAGAAUUUGUACGGAUGAUGUCUCGUUGAGAGAACCUAUUAGCAGUCCAAGACAGAAGUGCCUUAUGAAGAGGAGGGACUUCCAAGCCAUCACAUACUGCCGCUUGCAGUGAAUCGGACAACUGAGAUCAAGGGCAGCAUGCAAGCACUUCCCACACAUCUUGCACAGCCUACCUGGAGACAAACAGCUGCUCCUGAAGUCAAGGGACCCACACCAGCUUCAUAACCAUCAAUGAUAU